ACGGUAUUUAAUAAAAAAUUCAAAUAAUAUGUUCUUGAACUAUUAGUAAAAGGAUACACAACCAAUAGAAAUUUAGACAAUUAUAUAAAAUUAGGAAUUUACUAAAAUGGCAACAAAAUUAAGUGAAUCAUUAACACAAGACUCUGAUGAAACGAAAGAAAUGUAUUGUGAGGAAUGUGAAAAACACACUGGAGCUUAUGCAACAGCUGAAGCUUUCUGUGUAAAUUGUGUGGAAUAUAAAUGUAAGACCUGCCAAGAAUAUCAUAAGAGACAUUUUAAGGCUCACACAAUCUAUGACAGUGGUAGAAUGCCACAGGAUUUUUAUUUUGAAAAAUGUUCUUUGCAUCCAAAACAACUGAUCAAGUUUUACUGUUUGGAAUGUAAUAUAGAGGGGUGUCAAGAAUGUAAGGAUAAUGAUCAUGAGAACUGUAGAAAUGUUAAUCAUUUACCUACCCUUGCUUCUGGCAUACAAAAGAGUAAUGAAUUAAAUGAUAUCAAACUGAACAUGGACACAUUAUCAGAGGAUAUGAACAACAUUAAAAAAUUGUUAAAAGCAAAAUGUGAAUUGAUUGAUAAACAAGAAGAAAACAUAAUUAAAGCAUGUAAGGAGUAUACAGAUAAGCUGAUAGCAACUUACAAACAACAACAUCAAUACCUAAUCGAUGAUUUUGAUAAGCAAAUGGAAGAUUCCAUUGCUAAGUUAAAGAAAGAAAGGUCAGAACUAAUUCAAAGGGUGUCUGAAAAGGAAAGAAAAUUUGAAGUAAAAGUAAGAAAAGCUGAAACAGUUAUGAAAGAAGAGGUUGUUAACACAAAUACUAACUUUAAAAAACUCAAAUCAAAACACUUGAGUUUGACUAAGGAUUUUGAAAUUCUUUCUUCUGAUUUAAAACAUGCUCAGAAAAUAGGCCAAAACUGCAAACUAUUUAUCAAAUUAAAACUAGCAAAACAUAAAUGCAAACAAAUUCAACUCUCUACUGGUAAAAUACAAGAUGCCUUCAUACAAGGCUACAAACUUGAACCAUUUAAAAUUCAAACAACAGCUCAAUCUCUUGAGAAAGAAACAACCUUUUUCUCAUUGGUAAAAGUACAUGUAUCAGCUUUAGAGAGGGGGGUUACGUUUAAUUCAGAUAUGUUCCAUCAGGUCAGAAAUGUGUCGUCUUUGCUUGUUUUAUCUGAACACACACUUCUAACAUCGGACUGGUAUACGAAAAGUCUAGUUAUUUAUAAGCAAGAACAGCCAGACCAAGAAUCAUUCACUGAAUUUAAAUUUGAUAAAUAUCCUCAUGGAUUAACAAAAAUUACAGACUACAAAGUUGUUGUUACAUUUCCAGACGACAGGAAGAUUAGACUUAUUACAUUUUCUAAAGAUAUGAAAAUUCUAAAUAUAACUGAAAUACCAGGGAAUGGUCAUUGUAGGGGUAUUGUUUACAGUAAUAACCAUCUUGUUGUUUCAUACUGGAAUCCAAGUUGUGUUAAGAUUUUAAAUAUGUCAGGUAAAAUAGUGAAAUCAUUUGACAACGAAAACAAUUGUCAGAAUCUGUUUUCCAAUCCUUUGUACUUGACUGUUAGUCCUGACAAUACUAUGAUAUAUGUCUCUGAUUGUGACAAGAACACUGUGACCUGUUUGACUUUUGAUGGAAUGUUGAAAUCCAUAUACAAAGAUGAGAAGCUGAAUUAUCCUCACCAACUUGCUGUUGAUGAUUUUGGAUCAGUAUGUGUGUGUGGUCAAGACUCAAACAAUAUCCAUCAAUUAUCUCGUAAUCUCAACAAAGUGAAAAUACUGAUAGAUAAAAGUCAUGGCAUAAAUACACCAACAAGUAUUGCAUACUGCCAGAAUACUAAGAGAUUAUUUGUUGGAAUGGAUUGUAAUAGAAAAAUAAAAAUUUUCAAUGUGACACUUGAGUAAAUUUUGUAACAUUUAAGCAUAGACUUCAGACCAAACAUUCAUUCCUAAGUCUCAUUUUAGGGUGGUUGAAUAUGGUCCUUAUAGCCAUAGCAACUUAACACUCUAUUAUAAGAUAUGGCACAUUGGAAUCUUGAACUUAUAUUUUAAUGCACAUAUUCAUCAGCAUCAAAUCCGUUAACAUGUUUUAUAAGGUUGACUUGUGUAAAUAAAUUAUGCUUAUAAUUUUUCUUUCUAUAAAAUGAUUUUAUCAUUUAUUUUCCCAAAAAGAAAACACUAGAUCUAAUACCUGCUUGUAAAUACACGCAACUGUAAAUGAAAUGAGAUGCAUUUAUCAAUAAAUUUUAUUUCCU